AUGUUAGCUGCUCUGGUUGAAAGGUGGAGGCCUGAAACGGAAUUUGUUGCUGCUCUGGUUGAAAGGUGGAGGCUUGAAACUCACACCUUUGUAUUGCCGAUCGGUGAGGUUACAGUGACACUAGAGGAUGUCGCUCAUAUUUUCGGCCAACCCAUUGAUGGAGAGCCUGUCAGUGGAUGGACAGAUAGUAGUGGCGAGUUCGUUCAAAGUCAGGGCAUAGCGAUAUUCGGUCGUGGGCCAUCAGUCAGUGGUAAUGCGAAGGUCGACCAUAUUCACGGACAAGUCGACUGCAUAUAUGCCCAUGCGAAAUAUCUACUGUUGCUUCGCGAUUUCGAGCGGAUCCAUACUUAUAGUUGGGGGCCAGCAUGUCUCGCAUAUCUUUACAGAGCACUAUACCGUGCAUCACGAUAUGAUACAAAGGAGAUGGAUGGCCCUCUAAAUCUCUUGUUUGUUUGGGUAUGGGAGCGAAUGCCAUGUCUUGCUCCCGUACCGAGACAAACGCUUCCACCGGCCGAGAUACCAGUUGCUAUGAGAACGGACCAUAGCGUGGUCAUCGAAGACCGUGGAGACAUUCAGUUUGAGUGGCGGCCAUAUGACGGGUUGAUCGUCACCGACGACUUGCAUCCCCAUUUUGAGGUGUCUGACAUCGUUGCUCCGUAG